AGCAGGAAGUUAAUGUUGAGGAAUGUUCAUGUUAUGAAGUAGAAGAGCCGCUGAAAUUAUUAAAAUAUCUUCAUUAAAUGUGAUCAGGAUGAUUGACAGAUCGAACACAAUGUGAUCGUUGACGAUGGAAAACAUAAUGCUGGUCAAAGAUAUCCGACGCACUGUUGGUCGGGCGAAGGUGACCCAUGCAGUGGUGGUGAUCUUCCUGGAGUUUUUCGCCUGGGGUCUCCUGACCACACCGAUGCUGACAGUCCUGCAUGAAACAUUUCCACAGCACACGUUUCUCAUGAACGGCCUCAUCCAGGGAGUGAAGGGUUUGUUGUCGUUCAUGAGUGCUCCUCUGAUCGGUGCCUUGUCUGAUGUUUGGGGCAGAAAGUCCUUCCUGCUGGUCACAGUGUUUUUCACCUGUGCCCCCAUCCCACUAAUGAGGAUCAGCCCAUGGUGGUUUUUUGCUCUGAUGUCAGUUUCUGGACUUUUCUCUGUUACUUUUUCUGUUAUAUUUGCGUAUGUGGCUGAUAUUACAGAAGAACAUGAGAGAAGCACAGCGUAUGGACUGGUCUCUGCGACGUUUGCGGCGAGUUUAGUGACGAGUCCGGCAAUCGGAGCGUUCCUGUCGGUCCGGUAUGGAGACAGUCUGGUGGUGCUGCUCGCCACUAUAAUCACUGUGCUGGAUAUUCUCUUCAUUCUGCUGGUCGUUCCGGAGUCACUUCCUGAUAAAAUGAGAUUGUCAUCGUUGGGUUUUCCCAUAUCCUGGGAGCAGGCCGAUCCGUUUGCUUCUUUGCGGAAGGUUGGAAAAGACUCGACAGUGCUGCUCAUCUGUGUCACAGUGUUCCUGUCGUAUCUGCCUGAAGCCGGACAGUAUUCCAGCUUUUUCCUCUAUCUGGGACAGGUCAUUAACUUUUCCUCCGAAGCGAUUGCAGGGUUUAUAGCGAUGGUUGGGAUUCUGUCCAUCAUAGCGCAGACGUUACUUUUAAGCUUUUUAAUGAAGAAAAUUGGAAAUAAAAGCACUGUAUUACUGGGUCUCGGAUUUCAGCUGUUCCAGCUGGCCUGGUAUGGCUUCGGAUCAGAACCCUGGAUGGUGUGGGCAGCUGGUGCGGUCGCUGCCAUGUCCAGUAUCACCUUUCCUGCAGUGAGCGCGCUGGUGUCCCGCUGCACCGACCAUGACCAGCAGGGAGCGGUUCAGGGAAUGAUCACAGGGAUUCGUGGUCUGUGCAAUGGACUCGGUCCGGCUCUGUUUGGAUUCAUAUUCUUCCUCUUUAAUGUGGAACUGAAAGCGACGAGUCCGGUUGACCCGAACCCCGUCUCACCCGACACCGAAGAGAAGUCAGUUAUUCCGGGUCCUCCCUUCCUGUUCGGAGCGUGCACGGUUCUGUUGGCUCUGUUGGUGGCGAUCUUCAUUCCGGCCCAUGACGCUCCCGUAGUGAAGACCUGCAGCUCGCGAGUGAUGACGGAACCGGUGAGCGGCGGGCUGGGGAACAGUUCGGUUCCUGUUAGCGAUGAAGACAACGAACCGCUGUUACAGGACACCAGCUUAUAGACGCUGGAACCCAGAACCAGAACCCCCAAUCUGGGUUUGACAAGUUUUUACUCCAGCAGUGUCUCUGAAUGACUGAACGUCUGUCUUUUUGUUUUGUUUUUAUCAUAUUUGUUUAUUCGUUGGUGUUUGAAAGAGAAUGUGCCUUCUGCGUAUUUUGGCAUAGUACAUGUGCUGCCGUAUAUCUGAAUGUAAACCGUAGUCAGCCAGUGUCCUUUAAUGUAAUAUAUUCCUGAUGAACUUUAACCUCUGAGAUAAACUUGCAAUAAUUAUAAUGUCAUAGUGGCAAAGUUUUAAUCAAAUGUAAAUGAGGCUGACUGCACGCAGUUAAUUAAGAGCAUUUAUUUUCACAGAAGUAAAUAUCUUUUCAAUAAAUUGCACAAAAUAUCUUUAGUUCACUUUUUGCUUUGUUAAAUUAAUUAGAAGGUUUAAUGAUUAAAAAGCUAAUCAUUUACCCUGUAACUCCUCCCCCUCAGCACCAGCCAAUCAACACAGUGCUGCUACCUCACAAGUGACCACAUUGGCUUCCUUUAGUAAUUCAUGAUUCUGUUCUGUACUUUUGCAGAUCUCCGAGUCUUAAAAUCAUUAUAAUAGAGGAUCGAAUCAAACUUUGCUCGUUUUAACUAGGAAUGCACCGAUGUAUUGGCCACCGAUGGUUAUCUGCCAAUGUUUGACCAAAUUAAUGUUUGACGCAGAUAUGAAAAACCAUCGGUUCAUUUAUAAUUAUCAACACAAUUUGUUUAAUCUCUGUGAAUUAAAAUGCACAAUCCAGAAAUUAUGAUCUCCUAUAUACGUUUUGUUUGUCCUGACGAACUUUGAUUCUAGACCUUACAGUUGUGAAGAUAUGAGCCAGAAUGUAAAAGUGUUUAUUAUAGCGCCCCCUAGGGUCGGAUGGGGGUGUGUGUAUGCGCCUGAGUUGUCGGGGGGAUUUGGGACCAUCCUGCCAAGUUUGGUGUCUCUAGGACUUACUGUUUUUGCUACCCAUACAUACACUUUUAGGGUAAAAAAAAUAAUAAUAAUAAUAAUAAUAAUAAUAAAUAGAUUAUUGAGCAAAUUAGACAAGCGGCCUAGUUGGAGUUCCAGGCCACUUGUAAAUGGGUUGGCAGUCUUUCACAACAUGUCAUAUUUAUUCUUUCCCAUUCUCACAUUAAUGAGGGCAAACUGGCGUUACAGAUGUCACAGUUGUGAAAGUGUAUUCACGUAUUCUUACCUAUACGUGAUGAGGUAAAACCAUCCAAAACGCUUUGACUCACUUCGACUUCUGAGAUGUAGAUAUGAUAUCCAUUAACGCUGCACGACUGACUGAGAUCAGAUUAAAAUCGCGAUAUGGUUUUGCACGAUUGUUAAACCUUAAAAGAAUGCGUUUUCAAAUCGAAUCUGCAUUUCAGUGCUUCAGUCAGCGCUGUGUGAGCAAGUGGCACCCCUAGCGGUCUGGACGGUAUUGUCCAUUAUACUACUAUAAUACAGAAUUUAAAGGGGGUUUUGUUCCUUUGAUUAAAACUUAUUAUUUUUCAUGAUGUAGUUGACAUUUCCAUGGAAUUGCCCAACAUAUGCGUAACAUAUAUGUAUAAUGUUCUAUGAUAUCCAGUACAUACACAUACGUGUAAAGCGUGAGUUAAGUUGUUUUGAACAGCAAAAACAGAAGUGCAAAAAUUUAACAAAUAAAUGACAUUUUUUUUCACAUCAGUCAUCAUGUUA